AUGAAGAAAGAAGGGCGUUCAGCGGUGUCUAACAUAUUUGCGGCGUUCGCCGGAACGUCGGGGGAUCCACCAACCGCGGGAGAGAUAUACGAGGUUUCGGAACAGGUGGUAAUAGACGAUAUUUUGAGUUGUUUGGACGGUUUGCAGAAAAAGAGCGCGAAAACACGAUUGCGGUGGGCAACGGAGCUCUUAUCUCAUUGUAAAGAUUUAGAAGCGCCUGAGAGAUCCAGGGAAUCUGUGAGUAGAAUCAUAGACGGCAUUCGGGGGGAUUUCAUCCAUGUGUUUAAGAGAUCUGGGGAAGUUCCAGAGACGGAUUUUCGUGUGUUGUUGAAUUUGUUGGAUGCCUUUGUAGUUUUGAACAAGUUUUGUCCUUUGGUUACGAAGAAGGAACAUGGCGUACUGGUAAUGAGUACGUUAAUGAUAUUUCGGGAAGUGCCCCAUAAACCAUUGAAUCAGUUGGCUUCCAAGAUUACGAAGGGUGUCAGCAGUAAGCAAUCAUUGUUGCCGGCGGUCUUGGAUCACCUGGUGACCCAUCAGAAGGUAAAGUUGCAAUCAUAUGAGAGCAGCAAGCAUGAUGAUUCCAUUUGUCAACUUGCUUCUGCUGGUUUCAAGGCGAUUGCCGCUGUUUAUGAGACUAUGGUGAGUGGCACUCAUCAUGGUGCUGGGGAGAGCGAGCUCUGCCGUCAAGACCUGCUAGAUUCAUCGCUGGAAUUCGCUUACGAGUAUGGGAAGUCCAGUCAUCCAAGUGAGCUGAAAUUAGCGUCUAUCAUGUUAGCAUCCGCCCUCUGUCAAAUGUUAUCCUCACGCCGUUCUACCGAUGGCGCCGGUAGUACCGAUGGCAGUCCUGAAGCGACUUAUCCUGAAAAAUUACUACUGCUAAUGAAACGUUUGUAUACCGAGGAAUCAGAAAUCAUAACGUGCGAGAGACUGAGCUUUAUUGCCAUGUUGUGGAAUUUUGCCACAAAUCCCUCCGCUGGUCCGGGCAGUCCCUCCACUGAGAUAAGUACUACCUUUGGUCCCGUCGUGAUCGACAAGUGUCUGUCCCUGGUGCGCCAUGCCAUUGACUCUCAAAAAACAACUUUGUUCGUACAAGUUGCUAAGACUCUCAAAGCCCUUCAUAUCGACUCCUCACUAAUGAUGAAAACAAAUAUCCACCUCAAUCCGCUGCCCAAAGGUACCAACGUAUCCUGCAGGACUGCAUUCAUCAUUGUCUACCUCAUUGCCUUAUUCAAACAAUGCCACCACGACCUCUUGCUCACCAACUUGUUAUCUUCGACCGAUCACUCUGCGUCAGUUCCGAGAAUCAUUUUACCCUCUGACAGACACAUCAAUGAGUCAAUUCGGCAUGAACAAUACUAUAAGGAUCUAUGGCAAGGCAUCCAAAUCCUUGCCUCUUCCUGGCCGGAGUGGAUUGCCAGAAUUCAAAAUUUAGUCUCCGGAACUGAUUCCUUUAACUCCAACAAUAAGGAGACCUACAAUAAGGAGGCCCACGGUUCCGGGACUGCCGACUUGCAUUCAUAUUCCUACUUACCUGUCAUUAAGGACGCCGUUUAUAGCGCGUCUGUUUAUGUUGAGAGAUUUGUCAAGCCUUUGUGCUUUGAUUAUUCUUUGGUUCUGCGCAAGACAUCCGAGGACAUUUUGAGGCAAAGUCCCGGGUCCUCAGUAACUUUGCAAGGUGUGCUCGCUGUUCUAAGUUCGAUUGCAGAGAGCCGAGCAACAAACGGCGAGGUAGCGGAAUCCGUUGAGCGCUCGAUGGAGCGGUAUUUGGAAAAGUACCUCGAGGAUGCGGCGAACGAGCUUAAUGAUGACGUGUUCAAAAUUGUCCAGCACCUCAUGAGCCUCCAAGGCAGUCCGAGUUUGCAAACGAAGAUGCACGACCGGCUGGAGCGGCUGCCGGACCCCUGGACACAGCUGGACUGGAUCGUUAAGUUGAAGCUGCAGUCAGCUCCCCAAGCACCUCUUGAGCUGCUGGAUCUCAUGGCCACGCGGCAACUUAAGAGCGAGACAGCAGAGAAGGUGGCUGUCCAGCUCAUGAAUCUUUUGCACAACACUCCCUUCGUCAGCACGCCUUUAGUCAGCACGUCCUUGGUCGGUGACCAAGGGGUUGGACUCGGCGUUGGUGGAGUGGCGAAGCGUCGCGAGCUCAACAACCCCCGAGUAGGCCCUUUCGUUCAAGAUUUGGCGUCCAUUCCGGAAACCAAGGAGGAGAUGCAGUCGUUGCUUAAGGGGCUGGAAAAGGCAGUGGACGAUACGGCUUGUAUUGACGACCGUAUUGAACGACUGAGUCCGUUAAUCAUCGCUUAUCUAGCCCUCGGCGGCGGCUGUUUCCCAGACAGCCAGUUCUUAAAUGACUGGAUCACAAAGACUCUCUUACAUAAGCUAUCCAUUGAUGCAAAGACUGCUUUCGUCGAAGAAUGCGUUCUCAACACCGCUCCCUGCUCCUGCCUUAGCGAACUUGCUGCACUAGCCGUACCCUCGCAGUCAGUCUGGGACGCAAUAUACAGCAAAUGUACAUGCGUACGGCAACUACUCGUUCUCUUCCAGACGACGCCACACUGCGCAGACCUCAGCGGGAGUGUGUACCCCCUAGCGCGGCUCUUCCGACGCACCAUGGUUCUCUCUAACCAACUGCAAACGGUAGAUGGGGACGCGGCCGAGCGAGAGCUGACACAGCAACAGAAAGCAGAGCUUUUUGAUGCAUUCAAAUCGUACGUCACAAACGACUGCGCGAUCGCCUCACAAUCCCACACGGCUCCAAGGAAACCGUUGGCUGUUUCCGAGCCGGUAGCUGCUUCCCAGAGUCCUACGUCUGGUCCUACCUCUGGCCCUGCUUCUGAUCCUAUUUCUGAUCCUACUAUCUCUGGUCCUACUAUCUCUGGUCCUACCACCUCUGGUCCUACCACCUCUGAUCCUACCACCUCUGGCCCUACGUCUGGGUCAAUGGCGACUUCGAAGUUUACGUCUGAGCCGGAGCGUCGAGAGUUUGCUUUAGCCGCUUUCUCCGCUUUGACAGAGUUUAUUGAGAUCCAUGAGUUGAACAAAGAGAUUCGUAUGCUGCCUUCACGAGACAUGGGGUUCUCAGCAGCCUUGCUGUACUUGGUGGACGUGUGUUUUACUCCAGACGACCAGGGGCAGCGCGAUAUCGUGUGGGCCGCGGACGUUUUGGCUGCUUCUGUGGACACUCCACUCACUUCGGUGGACACUCCGGCGAGUCUAGAGACCUUCGACCCGAACAUACUAGGUGACGACAGCGGGCGGAGCAAAGGGCGAGCUGUGGAUCUUCAGACGCUAAGUGCGGCCAUGGUUCUAGUGGAGAACGGCAAGCUGGCGGAGAGCUACGACGUCAUCUUGGCCAGUUUGAGCCGACUUCGACAGCUUGGUGGUGCCAUUCAUGACGUGGUCGGGGUUCUCUUUACCUUCCACAUUGUGCCGGAGCUGCUGGGGCUCGCGGACGAGACAUGUUCCGCAAUGGAGGCCAAGGUGUUCUUCCACGUGGCACGGGCGGUUUGCGAGUCCAUCUACUCGAGUCCCGCAUCUUCCUCCUGGAACCGCGCCCUGGAACUGGUCCUGGCGUGGUCCGGAGACGUCGUGUUACCCCGAGUAGUGCAGGCACAGACACCCUCGGAUGUCGUACCCGCCGCCGCCAAUGACGACCUAGAGAACGCACAAAACGCCCUCAAGCUCUUCGUACAGGACCUUUUGGAAGCGCUCUUCCAAAUAUCCCAACAAACUUCCGAGAGUGGACUGGGGAACGGGCCGGAUAGUGGGCCGGAGCAGACCUCUGAGAGCUUCUCUCUGGGGGGAAGGAACCGGAACCAAAUGGAUCAGGACGCAGAAAGGGCGACGGUGAGAGAAUCAGCCAGUGAGGCCGACGGUACAAUAGAGGCUGACCCCGAAGAUCAUACCGCUGCGGGUCUCCAUGGACUUACAAGUUCAAAGGCGGCGGCUACCGACCGACAAGAGUGUAUGUUGGCGUUCCUUGCGAAGUUUCCUGUUAACCGGUUGCCGUUGGGUGACUUGACAGCUGCUGGUUUGUACGCGGUGUACAACCAAGUUGUGCGUCGAUGUGUGGAGCAGAGUACGACGGAGCAUGUGGAGGGCGGUGAGCGGAGCAGUGCGAGUCAGAAGCGGGCGAACGUGCAGAGCUUCCUCCUUCUGUUGCGGGCUCUGUAUGGCCCCGUGGUCGCCGACUGUUUGCUGGGUUGCCUGCUGGAGCGAGAAGACGCUGCACAGCAAGGCUUGCUGGCCCGACUGCUUGCCGCGCACGUGCUCCCCUCGCUGGAAAUGGACUUGGCCGCGCCCACGGCCUGGCUGAGGGAUGCGGAUUCCUACUCCUUCUGCGCAGGCAGCCCGUUCCUGGGCACCGUGGUUAGCAAAUUUGACGCCUUUGCCCUCUUCAUACAACAGGUGUGGUGCUGCCCUCCCUCCUCCUUUUGCCCAGGUGACGAAGUAACGGGCAGUGCUCUGUCUCCAAGGUUCCUGUCACCCAGAUCCCAGUCACCUGAUUCUGAACCUGGGUCCGAGCAAGCACCUAGCUCUAGAUCCAUGCAGUCACCCAGAUCCGCGCAAUCUUCCACUUACCUAGAUGAACUUGUGACGGAUGAACUGGUCGCAGUUGUAGAAGGAAGAACGCUUCUCGACAUCGUCACUCUCUUCGUCGCCACUGUCCACCACCAUGCGGAAACCGUCACCGUCCUCUGCAGAGUUGCUCCAGUCGUCUUCUGGAGGGAAACGACCAUCUCCAAGUCUUGCAGAAGAUACCUAACACCCAUCAUCGAACGAAAAGGAAACGAGGCUUAUGCCAAACGACUGGCGGAACAAGUUCAAAUGCUACAGAGAGUGUCCGAUACCAAUGUGGUUUGCAAUUUUGUCGAUCACGCAAAUGCUCACUUCCAAAUCUGGGACAGCGAAGACUUCCGGGAAGCGUGUCUGGAGAUUAAUAUCACAAUUAACAACAGAACGAUCCCUCUUUCCCUUCCUAAGAUUAGCAUCAGCAGCGACGUUAAAGUUCCAGUUGAUACCAUGAAGUUCGGAAUAAUCAGACUCCUUAAAAGCGACGCCGCCUCCAACUUCUUGCUAGGACCCGUCAUUGGCACUGGGAGCCAGACAAUCGUUGUUGCUGUAGCGCGGCUCGUGGACGAAUUCCGAAGCAAGUUCCAAGGCACUGAAGACUGCGUAAUCUGCUACUCAAGACUUCAUGCUACUACCAAGGAAGCACCGACCAAGGAAUGUGAGUUCUGCCAAAAUAAAUUCCACAAAGAAUGUCUCAAACAGUAA